UUUCGCGCCCGUAUUUCCUCACUUGUCUGCAGGAAUUGCGCGGCUACCUUGCAAAGAGCACACAAAUAUCAAGCUCUUUUCAACAGCUUUUCGUUGUUAUAAUUCAAAUGAAUUACAUUCAUAAAUAAUAAACGCGCGCAACGAACAUGGCCGAGUUUCGCGCUGUUGCUAUGGUGAACAGGUGACGCUUCGUUACCGGAACAAUCACUGCGCGUGUUUGUGUUCGCUGGCUGGACUAAUAAACUCGUAAAAGUGGCGAUUUCAUUCAGUUAUUAAUAUUCACGCAGUUUUUGUUUGAUUGUUUUAGUAUUGAUGUCUUCGCACCUGACGAGAUAACCGUGUUUAAUGGUGUUGUGAGUUAGGUGGCGGUGUAUUCUAAUAAUAAUGGCUUUCUAUGAGGUUUACUCUCACCCCGCUGUAAUAAGAUACAGAACGUGCGUUUGUACGAGAGCCACGUUGCUUGUGCUCGUGGUCUUAUGCCUCACGUAUAUUUCACCUCUGUUAGUGGCCUAUAGAAGUCAAGGGUUCUGGCUGAAGAGGAGCUCAUAUGAGGAGCAGCCCAUCAUACAGUUCCAGUAUGAUAUGAUCCUGAUAGGAGCUACAGACACAAAAGGGAGUUAUGUGGCAUGGAGCACAUUUCCCAACUUUAAUCGACUGAUCGGAGAUAAUUUACGCAUCCCAUCCGUCUCUGUGCAGGAGGAGGACAGGAACAAGGAUGGGAAGUCAGACCUGCUCAAUCUCCAGAUCAACAUCCCUCUCAAACCACAUGAGCAGAUGUUCAGUAUUCAGCUGCUCCUCACUUUCUCAUACCAGCUGUUUAGGAUGUCUACUGUAGUGAUGCAGACGCUUGCGUUUGUGCAGCAUUCGUCAUCUGUUCCUGGUUCACAGCUCUUCAUCAGUGGAGAUCUAAGACUUCACCAGCGAACUCCUCUUCCUCACCGAGGUUUACAUGCUGUCUAUAAUGUAUCAGUGAUUGAUGGAUCCAGUCCAUUUGCGAGUUCAUAUGACCUGAUCAACAUCAUUGGAAGUUAUCAGCAGAGAAACUUGACGACUCACCUCUCCGCUGUCAUUCCUGUGUGGACUGUCGGUAGGGCUGCAAAUACACCGUUCCAGAUCAAUGCGCUGAUAAACUAUCCAGAAGACACUAUUAACUAUCGGCCGGGCUUUUGGGAAACGAUCAAGUUUGCCUGGAUCCAGUAUGUCAGUGUGCUGCUCAUAUUUCUGUGGCUUUUCCAGCACAUUCAAACCUUCAUCUUUCAGAACCAAGUCUUGCCAACCAUACCAGUACCGCCAUUUAAACAGCACAGCUCCUGAGACCAUCAGUGUUUUUGUUUUCCUGUUUAGUUUAAUGUUUCUUUUUGGCCUCUUAUUUUGUUAUUACUAUCAUUUGAUUGUACAGUUAUAAUAACUUUGUUGAAUUUGUUGUUGCGGAUCAAUUUUUGCCAUUUAAUUUGCCAUUGUUUGUUAAUCAGUUUUUCUAUGUACAUAGUUUUCUUUUGUUCAGGUCAAGUACAUUCUUGCGAAAUUCCCCCCACGAUGCUGGUGAAAUUUCUGGUUCUUCUGGUUUUGAGUAGUUCAAGGUCAGCCACAAAUGGCUCAAGCUAUUGAUUGCAGUGUGGUUGCGAUGUCACAGAAUAAUAGAAGUAUUUCAAGCAGAAACAUUACAUGAAGAAGAAUGCCAGACUUAUGAAUACAACUAAUAAAUUCAAAGUUGCUUGAUAUGACCUCAAAUGUGUGCAUGUGGUUUCUGUUUGAUUUUGUAAUAAAGGGUCUAGAAAGUGUUCUUAUAAGUAUACAAAAAAAAAAAAAAUUGUAAAUAAUUGAUUCCACUCUGAGCUAAUAAGUAAUGUCACAUCCAUAACUCAUGUCAAAAGUAUAUUAUGAACGCGGAAGUAGAUUAUUAGAUUUGAUUGUGUUGUACUGAUUCUUAGUGCUGUAAGUCAUGAGGUAAAGGAAGUUUCAGAAGAGUGGCAGAGCAUGUUAGUUGAGUUUGUUUACUUUGAGAUUGAAUGUUGCAUUGCCCCAUAUUUAAUGUUACUGUCAGCAGUCAUUUCCCCAUGCAUUCUUUCUAUGC